AUGUCUUGGGAUCAACAUUCAGCCACCAUGACAGACGUUGCUGGAUUAGUGAAGUUAGAUGCGAAACGAACAGAACUGCUCAAUGUGUUGUGGGCAGAAACUAUCUCUAAAUCGGAAGCUGACUGGGCAGAAAUGGCUAAUCAAAAGCUUGAACUAUACGAAAAGGCUCUACUCAAUUACAUAGGUUAUCACGAUAAUUCUAAUGAUCGAUCUUUCACGGAAUCCCUUCGAAAGUCAUUCUCACUUGUAACCACAAUCGGUCCUAUCGAAAUCGAUGCUCUUACAACUGCUGGCAAAAUUUUUGCCGUUGUAUAUACUAUCAUAGGUGUUCCUCUGUGCUUGCUUCUAUUAACACAAUGUGGUCGAAUGAUAACCUCUUUGUGGGAGGGCAGAGGGUUAGCCGUACCAGUCAUCUGCUUUGUCUUUUUCUCUGCUGUCGUCUAUGACAUCAUCGAGGAUGGAAGUGACGAUGUUGUAAGUACCCGUCAGAUACAACUAUCUUAA